AUGUCCCGCGCAUCGACUAUGAAAUCGACCAAAUCCCCGGAAUAUCGACACCUGUCUACCAACGUCGAAUACAAAUAUGAUGCUGCCAGAGAAACAUUCACACCAGUCAUCAAAGCGACUCAUUUCGUCGUCAAAUUCCAGUUUGAAGAGGCUUCAGUGACCUCAACUGUAUCUUACCGUGACUAUCAAAUGGGGUUCGACAAAGAAAAGUGGGAUCGGGUCAAGCUUCGUGCAAAGGACUUGAUCACUUCGGGAGAAAAAAUUCUAAAGGAAACAUCUCUGGUACUUUUGGUGAAUACGCCCUCGUCCUCUGCACAUGCUAUCAAAGGUUGA